AUGGGCGAACCUUAUUUCCGGUACUUUUUCCUUCGUAAUCAAGAUGCCAGCAGCCUGUGGAAGCAUGUGGAGCACACUUCCUGGGGUUCGCAAAUGAUUGCAAACGCCCGUGGAGAUCUGUCUAAGUUGAUCCCCAUCACGUGCUACGGAGACGAAAUUUACACGUACAAGAACAGUGAGUGCGGGGUGGUGGCUGUCCUUGCGUGGGCGACGGACUACCUGACUGCAGAGAGCGGCCCCUUAGAGCGGUACUUUACUAUCGCUACCUACGCGCAAUACCUGGAGUGCGAUGAUACAUGGCCAGAUUUGAGCAAAGAAGUGGCCGCCCGAUUCCGGGCUUUGGUACAAAAAACAGAUUGGCCAUGGUCUGACAAAGGGUAUCAGUUUACCUUCAGCUCUGUCACUGGUGACCUUAAAUGGGUGAAGGAGCGCUUUCACCUACAUGACUACAACGCCAAUGCGUUCUGUUCAUAUUGCAACGUGGUCAAACGCGAUCCAGCCGGGCGAAUCGAGCACACCCUCAGCGACUUUCGACCUGAAGCUGCGCACAUGCAGACGCGCAUCACACACGAAGAUUACAUCCGAACAAGCUCUCCAGAGAAUCGACAUGUUUUCUUCACGAUUCCUGGGUUUCGCUACGACCGCGUGCUUCAUGAUCCUCUACACAGUCAGCUGCUGGGAACGGGAAAGGUCACCAACGGUUCAAUGUUGACAUAUCUCUGCGAACGCGGAUGGUUCGGAGAGCUGGCAGGGUCCUAUGAGCAGGCCCUUGGCUCACUGCUGAACACGGCGUUCAAAGCGUUUGCAACUUGGAACCGGCAGCAAACCAAACCUGUCACCCAUCCUCGCUUCACUCCAGCUAGGCUAUGCAGAAAGGGGCGUACGUUUUUUCCUUCGCUGAACGCCAAAGGCGCAGCCUCGAAGGCACUUUCGUACUGGUUGGCGGACGCUGCAACACACUUCGCAUCCCAACCGCAAGCAACGAAUUUGGACAAGGAGUGCGCGAAGUGUAUGGUAACCUACGCAGAGAUGUUGAAGGUGAUUGACGCUUCCCCGCUUCUGUUGGACGAGGCGACGGCUCGGCGAAUGUAUCACUUGGGAAUGAUCCAUUUGCAAACGACGUUGGGUGCCCACUCAGCCAACAGGAACUGCUGGCUGCUCCUGCCCAAGCAUCAUCAUAUGCUCCACAUGCUGACGGACACAAUCCUCCGUGAUCGCUUGAACCCGCGAUACCAAACACUUUUUUGCGCAGAAUCCUUUGUAGGAGCUAUUGGGCGCAUGGCCAAAGCAUGCCACCGCGCAAGCCUCCCAAGGAGGCUGCUGCAGCGCUACAAGAUUCGCUUUGGGAUGAUGAUGCGUGGACUGGGGCCUUGA